GCCCACACCCGGAGUCGCUGCUCAGAGUCCGGACGUCGCCGCCCGUGAAUAGAAGCGGAGAAGGCGGCGAGGGGCGAGGGGCGCGACAGACGACGUCCGUGUCCCCGCACGGCCCCCCACGACACCACCCCCCCCUGCCCCGUGGUUCAAUACCCCAGGCGCUUCCAUCGGCGUCUGUGGCUGUCUGACGCUGCGGCCUUGCUGGGCGGCUCUUCAUUCCCCAGCUAUGUCAGGAUUUCCAGGCAGCGAUGGGGGUUACACCUCGUACCGUCAGGCCACCAAUGGCGACCUGGAUUUCAGCGGACUCGCCCAGAUCAUCAGCACCAACAUCCAGAAGAUCUCGCAGAACACUGCUCAGAUCCAGAAGCUGGUCAGUCAGCUGGGGACCGCACAAGAUACCACACAUCUGUUAGAGCGUCUGCAACAGCUGCAACAAAGCGCAAACCAACUUGCUAAAGAAACCAAUAAAUACUUAAAGGACCUGGGCUCAUUGCCUACACCCUCGAGCCAGUCUGAGCAGCGGCACAGGAAGAUCCAGCGGGAUCGUUUGAUGAACGAGUUCUCAACGGCGCUAAACAACUUCCAGACAACUCAGCGACGCGCUGCCGAGCGGGAGCGCGAGAGCGUGGCGCGUGCCCGGGCCAACUCGCGGCAGUCCCAGGGGGGAAACUAUUUGGACGAAACUGCAACACGGGAUGGACACCUGGUGAAUGUCGGGGAAGGGUUUGAGGAUCGCACGCUACAGUCACAGGCGCAGGAUGAGGGUAUCACAGAGGAGGACCUGGAGGAGAUCAAAGAGAGGGAGGUGGCCAUCCAAAUGCUUGAGGCUGACAUCAUGGACAUCAACCAGAUCUUCAAGGACCUGGGAACCAUGAUCCAUGAGCAGGGGGACAUGAUUGACAGCAUCGAGGCGAACGUGGAGACUGCGGAGGUGCAUGUGGAGCAGGCGAACCAGCAAUUGCGCCGAGCAGCACAGUACCAGACCGCAUCGCGUAAGAAGAUCUGCAUCAUUCUUGUCAUGCUGGCGGUUGUUGUGGCCAUCGUGGGCAUCAUCAUAUGGCAGGCAACCAAGUAGCCGUUGGGAUCGUGAACACUCUGCCUGGGCGAUAUGGAAGGAGGAGGGGGUAGGGAGGUGAAGAUAAUCUCUCACAAUACGAUGACGUUGGUGUGCAUAAAUAGGGCUAGGCUUUUUUUCUCAGGGGGUAGAGGCAAAGUGAUUGGGUUAAAAUGAAAUUUGCAAUCUAAAAUAAAUGAAUAUCUUUUGUAGAUUGUGGCGUGUCCCAGGCAGUCUGUCGUGAAUUUAAAGCUACAUUAUUGAGAAAAUACACAACCCUUUCCCAUUCCCAUCAUACGUGUACGUCAUCGGAAAGGAAUGCAUUUCGAACGGAAUUGGAAGUGAAAGGCCACACGGGAGGGCAUGUGGCACAGUUUGGCGCCAGCUAUCAUUGAGUGCGGUCCUGUCGCUACAAUUCUCUGCGAUGAGUACGUACAAUGUCUUUAAAAACAGCAGCGCUACGCCUAUAAAUCAAAUUUACUGUAACCGCUUACGCGUUCCGAGAUUCGGCGGUGAACAAGACCCACCCUGCAACUUGCAGACCUCUCAGAAUGGGAAAGGGUUAAAAUGUACACUAGUAACAUCACUCCCAUACACUUAUUUACAACACCAAUGUGCCAUUGGCACUAGAUCUAUAGUGGCAUGCUUGACCAUUACUUUAAAGCGUUUUGUGUAUAACACUGCACGAUUGCGUUGGAUGACCUGGGACACACCGCUUUGGUGUGUAUCCACAAAGUAAGAGCUGUUGGUUUAUUUGGGUUGCGUCUACCUUUAAUCUUAGCGACACAAGUGCGAUCGUGAGUGUUUGCCAGCUCCGUGUGGGGAUGGGGGAGGAUGAAAUGGGAACACGGGCUUGCCGCCAAUCCACUGGAAUUACGGCAAUCCACUGGCAUAACAGCUGCUUGUGUCAUCUCCCUAGCACUUAACAAUCACUUGACUCCAAUGGCUGGCCAUAUGAAUGAACCUGUACUGGAACUCCUACUCCUAUGCUGAGCACAAACUGUGCACCUUGACCACAACACUGCACCUAACCUUUCGCUUUGCCCCAAUUGUGCACUUAGCCCAAAUGCUAACCCUUCUUAUAACCUCAACGCCCAAGCUCACCAUGUGUCUAACCUGAACCCCUAUACCUGCACGUCACCUUUGGGACCUUGAGCCCUUAUGAGAGUAGCUCGUGGAGUCUGAGACGGAGCAUCUGUAUUGCUGUGGAGGUCGAUUUUAAGUCGGCUUCCGUUGGCUGUUAAUAGCACAUGUUGUUUAAAGGAGUCUGGCACAUGAUGGUGUUAGGUAAGCCUUUGUGUGAUUACAUAUAGAAAAUAGCCAAAUGGCAAAAAGAAUAACAAAGUAAAUAGAUUAAUCUUAACCAUACUCUUAGCGAUUAUAUUGCAAUGUAUGUAGCUGUAGAGAAUGGUGUAAUUUAGUCUUAACACAGCCUUGUAACAUUUGCCAAAGCAGGAAUUCUGUUUAACACUGUUAACAGUUGUUUGCACAUGCUUUGUUGCCAUAUGUUUUAACUUGACCACUCUGUCCUUUGCUGUAAAGGCCUCUUGCGCACCCACUCCAGUUACCAUCCCGUUUUAAAUUUGCUACGGUUGCUUAAGUGAAUACAGUGUCCAUGCACCAGUGCGUUUUCCAAAACCCACAUUCAAUCACAUUCUCUUCAUGAACUUCAGUGGCUUUGCUGCUCUGCUCAUUGGCUUGUUUACAUAGAAGCGCACCUGUUUGGCAAACCUUAUAGACAAAAACAUCAAUGUUUAAUAAAAGCCUUUUUGUUCCAUAUUGAAUAAUGUUUUAUAUAAAACGCUCCGUAUACAUGCUGGUGGACACAGCUGGAAGUUGUGCACGUGUUUACACGUUUGUGUUUACACGUUUGUGUAAACACGUAUACAACCAAGCCAGGCAUGAUAUUGGCUGCGGGCGGAACUCCUGCCUCGGGCAGCACGGCGGCAUGCCGGGUCCCUCUGUACUUUGCCUUGAUAUUGCACUGCGUGUUACACUGUCCUUAACUUAAUUUCAGCAAAAUCGCAACCACUUGUGUCUCGAGUCCAUGGUUGUGAGCAGGUCUGAUUGCACACGGAGUUGUCAUGGUGGUCCAUGAGAGCGUGCCGUGUAGACCCCAUUCAUCGCAGGUAUGAAGACCAGUGCACAGGACGCUGUUGACUCCCCAUUCGUACCUGCGAGGAGGCCGUUUGACGACGCAUGCAACAUUUUUUUUGUCAGCAGAGUUGAGCUGUUUCCAAAAAGUUACGAUGUCAAUUACGCAGGAUCACCGUCUUGCUCCUGUGGCAGUUGUCCUUUUAGGCAGUGUCAGUGGCUGCCCGCUUGUCUGAUUUUUGUCAGUCUCAAAAUUAGAGGCUUUUGUGCAAGCUUGGUAAAAAAAAGAUUUUGAGAAAUAGUGACAGUGCUUCACGGAGUUUGGUCAUUUUUUGAGAAGUUUAACCAAACACUAGAACAUGUUUAGAGUUUUGCAAAUUGUGAUCGCAUGUGACUGCACAUGAGGAUGGUUUUGAGGGCGAUUUUCAUUCUGCCCUGCCAAAACGGUUAAAACUUGAAUUUCGGCUGCCAUAGUUUAUUUAUUAUCAAAGCCAAUUACCAUGAUGGUUUUAAGCAGUUUUGACUUGUGCUCGUAUGUGUGUGAAGCCAGCGUACGAGCCAACCAGUACGAUGGGCACAACGCCGUGUCAAGCACGAUACAUAUUUGAGGGCACUUGGCGUGAUUCCUUUCCCGCCGGGUUGCACCCUGUCCAUAUAUGAAUAAUUGUUUCGGAGUAGCGCACUGUGUGUUUAUAAAAUAAGAAAGAAAUUGCAUUCCACGCUGAUCAAGGUUGUAAUUCAAAGU